AUGUCUGAUGCUAAAUCUAUGAAUGUGCCUCUUUCUUCCUACUUUGUGUUAAGUAAGGAUCAGUCUCCUAUGACUGAAAUUGAAAUAACUGAAAUGAAGAAUGUGCCUUAUUUCAAUUCUAUAGGACCUGUUAUGUAUCUCAUGAUUAGUAAUAGGCCUGAUAUAACAUAUGCAAUUAGUUGCUUGAGUAGAUUUAUGUCUAACCCUGGUUUUAAGUUGGUUGGUUAUGUGGAUUCCAAUUAUGCUAAUGAUAGGGAUAAUAGAAAGUCUACUACUUCCUAUGUGUUUACUUUGUGUGGCUCUUGA